AUGUUACGACGUUCUUUGACUAUUCUCUCUCAACGUCUAUCCUUUCAAUUAACUAAACAUAAUGUGAAUUACUCUUCAUCAUCGGGUAAUGGGAAACAGCGACAUAUUCUAUCCGAUGCUGAAUGGAAAAAGAACCUAACAAGUGAACAAUACCGUAUACUACGUUUGAAAGAUACAGAGUAUCCCGGUACAGGAAAAUAUAACAAACAUUUCGAAACAGGAGUCUAUCAAUGUGCUGGUUGUGGACAGGAAUUAUACGAUUCAUCAUCGAAAUUUGAUUCGCGUUGUGGUUGGCCAGCGUUUAGUUCAUCAAUUGGUUCAUCUGUUCGUCGUCAAACAGAUGCGGAUGGAUAUCGAGCGGAGAUUCUAUGUGCUAAUUGCGAUGGUCAUUUAGGUCAUGUUUUCGAAGGAGAAGGACUACGUGAUGGAAAUGGUAAAGUUGUACAAGAACGACAUUGUGUUAACUCAGCAUCACUUCAAUUUCGAAAACGAGAAUGA